AUGUCCAACAACUACUACGCCAGUGCUAGCGGCAUUGCCCUCAUCGGCGACGGAACCGCCAACCUGGUUGUCACCUAUAAACCGGAUGGAGCCGUCAUCAGCUCCCCCCAAGCGUCAACCGCGUCCCCUCUUGCGGCCACCGUCUUUGUCCCCCUCCCAAACCCACCUAACACUAAUGCAACUUUGAAGAGUGUAUCCCUCGAGAUUGACACCACCGGAAGCGCCGAAAUCACCGAAGUCUAUGUUUACUUCGGCAAGACGUUGAUCCUCGACUCCGCUGGCCGUUUUGACAAAGACCACAUUAUUGAUGCCACCAAAAGCGCUCAGAAGCCAGACGACAAGCCCUACGGCAUCACCGUCGCCCUUGAUGUCAAUAUUCCGAAUGCGCAGGCCACAAUCUCGAUUCACUCUGUCUCCUUGGAUUUCCAAGGCUAA